AUACUCACAAUCCCGAGGAUGGGCCUUGAGUGCCUUUCGCACGUCUGUCCCCCCUUUCCGAGCGCGGACCUCGGUUUUACUUCCUCGCCCCCAAGCUCCAUCCGCAUGAAACCCUUUGCGUUAUAACUUCGUUGCUGCAACCUGCUCGUCGCCUAGCCCCGAUCCUGCACGCAGGCAUCAUUUGAUCUCCUCGUGUUCAACACGCUGAAAACGACUGGGGGGCACGUUCCCGCCGGUACCUCCUGCUGCGCUGCUUUUAAGCGGCGGCUUGUCAGCAGCACCGUACCGCACUCGCCCCCGGGUCCCGUCACCUCGCCUUCGCUCCCCAUCGCCAGCCAUGCCGAAGCAGCCCCGCGUCUCGUCGCCGGCGACGCACCCGCCCGUCGGCACCCUCAUUGACGACGACUCGCUGGAACUCGUCGAGGUGCUCGGUGUGGGCGGAUACGGUGUCGUCUACCGCGCCGUUGACACGUACUCCUCGCGGCCUCAGUCGUACGCCGUGAAGUGUCUGUUCCAGAAGCAGAGCGCCCGCCACCGCCAGGCGCACCUCCGCGAGGUCGCCCUCCAUCAGGCGGCAAGCGCGCACCCUAACGUCAUCACGCUGCACCGUGUGAUUGAGGACGAGGACUACACGUUCAUCAUUAUGGAUUACGCCCCCGACCAGGACCUCUUCACGCAGAUUCUGCACAACUGCCGGUACCUGGGCAACAACGAGCUCAUUAAGCAUGUCUUCCUUCAACUUCUUGACGCUGUCGAGUUCUGUCAUUCUCUCGGUAUCUACCAUCGCGACCUCAAGCCCGAGAACGUGCUCUGUUUCGAUGAGGGCCUCCGAGUCGCCAUCACCGACUUUGGCUUGAGCACUACCGACAAGUACAGCGACGAGUUCAGGACCGGCAGCGUGUACCAUAUGAGCCCGGAAUGUCAGGGCGGUGAUUACGCACCGGCGAGGUCAUACUCGCCAUUAUUUAACGACAUAUGGUCGCUGGGUAUUAUUCUUCUUAAUCUUAUGACGGGACGCAACCCGUGGAAGUCUGCAUCGAUCUCCGACCCUACUUUCCAGGCCUACCUGCACGAUCCCAUGAACUUCCUUCCCUCCGUCCUGCCCAUCUCCGCGGAGAUCAACGACGUCCUCAUACGGAUGCUCGAUGUCAACUGGCGGCGGCGCAUCUCGCUCGCCGAGCUGCGCGUCGCCAUCGAGGACAUCACCGACUUCUACGCCGACACCGUCGUCUUCGAGGGCAGCAUGGCCAAGUGCGCGUGGGAGUGCGGCGCGGACAUCCACACCGCGUCCUCCUCCUCGUCCACGAAGCAGGGCUCCCCGGCCGCGAGCCCGACGAAGUCGCAGCAGAACAUGCUCCUCGAGUCGCGCUGGAGCAAGGACUCCUCGUCGGAGCUCAUCUUCGCGACGCGCUCGGUCGAGGUCUCGCCGCCCGCGUCGCGCUACGCGGAGGAGGGCGCGCUCUCGUCGUCGUCCUCCGACUCGUCGCAGGACAUCGAGAUCUACGACCGCUCGCGCACGCCGUAUGCGAGCCAGUCGUCGGGCGACUCCGUCGACGACACGCUCUCGGGCUCGCUGCCGUGCACGCCGUACGGUGCGGAGAAGAUUGGCCGCCGCGACCGGCGCAAGACGCUCACCAUCGACACGAACUGGCUCCGGCCGCAGUGCUACGACCCGGACGCGCGUAUGGCCUCGGCGUCGACGCUGUCGUCCAUCAUGCACACCGCCAUCGAGCUCGACUCGCUGUCGCCGUCGCUGCUUGUGCACGGCCAGCGCACGCGGUCGAUGAUGUCGGUCGAGAACUCCCUGCGUCCGUCGUCCGCCAUGGUCACCGACCCCUAUGACGCGGAGGGCGAGACCGAGGAGGACGAGAUGACGUCGCCGUCUGCGUGGGGGUACAGCGUGUCGAACAUGUCCUUCGCGGAGCACCCGUCGGACGUCUCAUCGCCGGUUUCGGUGGUCACUAACGUGUUGUUCCCGGAGACAGAGGCUGAGUCGCACUACUACCAGGACCUCGAGGCGCAGCGCCAUCCCCUCGCGGUAGCCUGCCCCUCGCCGUGCCCGGACACCAUCGUCUGGCCCGAGCACCGCUCGCCAAUCAGCCACGCGCAGAGCCAGAGCGCCAGCCAGAGUCGACCUCCCCCGCCCGCGUCGCGUCGCCCGCCGUCGCUGCCGCCGCCGCCCGAGGCAAGUCUCUCCCGCGGCAGGCCCGCAAGCCCGCUCUGGCGCAUGGCGACGUGGCCCGUGCUCCUGCUGCUCCGCGUCCUGCCUCGCCGCGUCGCUUCAAGCUAUUUCCGCGCGGUCAAGUCUCUGCGCCACCUUCGCCCUUGGCAGCGGCGUUUGAGGAGCGCGCAGGCACUCGUGUAGGCGACAACCUGACUACGCCACCCCGGAGGCAGGCAGGGUACAAGCGCCAGCGCUUGCUAUCUUCACCCAAGUUUUGGUUCUCGCCCACGAGAGUCGCUGCGCAGGCGUGAGCUGAGCUCGUCGAACGGCAAGCGCGGGCGCGGCCUGGAUCACCACUGUAUAUAGAGGGUUUGCAGCAACUUCCACGCUCCUUGUCUUUAUGAUUUCGUUCUUCUCGCAUGCCUUUUUCGUCCUUCUCCUCCACUCUUACACCCAUGGGACUUUGCAUGACCUCCACACAUUUGUAGACCACACACACACGUCGCGCACACACUGUUAUUUAUACCACACGGGCAUGAUAGGUUGAUUCCUCAUACCACAUAUAUGUAGACGUACCUAGUGUACCAUACCAUCUGUACGAGUCUGUACGCCACCUCACACGAACAUGCUACGCUUAGGGCCCACGAUGAAUACGAGCGGUUUUACGAG